AUUAUGUACCCAGCUAUUGUUGUGACAACACGUAUAAAUAUAGUCUUAUAUUUAUAAAUAUAUCUUAUAUUAAAUAUUAUAAAUAUAUUAAAUAUAUCUUAUAUUUAUUAUUAUAUAAUUCUAAAUGUGUUAUUUAAAAUGUUAACAUCCAUUUUAUCUAAUCAUUGUUUAAAUACACGCAUAUACGUAUAGAUAAGCGUAUAUUUUGUAAUAAAAUCUGUCUAAAUCGAGAUCUAAAAAAACUGUUAUAAAAUUGUCAUAAUCCAAUAAUUUGUAAUUGUAAUUGAAAAUAAUAAACCGUAUCGGAGAGAUAUCGUCGCGUCUACAUGAUAACGUAUUAUUGUAUAUAAAACUAAGUUCUGUGUAUCAAUUUCAUUAUUAAUUGGACAUAGUUGUGAGUGUAAAUUAUUGAUACAAUGGCUAAGGUAAAAGUGCAGCAAGGCUGGCUGGAGGGAGAAGUCCUGGAAGCUUCUACUGGUGAAGGCAAAUAUUACAGCUUCAAAGGCAUCCCGUACGCGGCGCCGCCAAUUGGCAAAUUGAGAUUCAAGGCACCGCAACCUCCACUACCAUGGGAAGGUGUAAGACAAGCUAAAGAAUUCGGCCCUGAAUGUUGGCAACAAGAUAUAUUCACGAACGAAUUGGUCCCUGGCAGUGAAGAUUGUCUAUACCUCAACAUUUACACCCCUGAUCUAAAGCCCUCUAAACCACUAGCAGUCAUGUUGUUUAUUCACGGAGGUGGCUUUAAAAGUGGAUCGGGAAACGACAAGCAUUACGGCCCUGAUUUUCUCGUUAAUCAUAAUGUCGUACUAGUAACUAUAAACUACAGACUUGAAGUCUUGGGAUUCUUGUGCUUGGACACUGAAGAUGUACCUGGAAAUGCUGCUUUGAAAGACCAAGCGUUCGCUAUGAGAUGGGUGAAAGAAAAUAUUUCACAGUUUGGAGGUGACCCUAAUAAUGUAACCAUCUUCGGCGAAAGUGCCGGUGGAGCGUCUACUGCUCUACACAUUGUAUCACCAUUGUCCCGUGGUCUAUUUCAAAGAGCAAUUCCGAUGAGCGGUGUACCGUGUUGCGAUUGGGCUCUCCCUUUUGAACCCAGGAGACGAGCUUUCUUACUUGGUAAACAGUUGGGCCUAGAAACAGAUGAUCCUAAUAAACUUCUAGAAUUUCUCCAAAGUGUUCCAGUUGAGAAACUCGUUAAUACGAAUCCUGCAAUAAUUAGUUUAGAAUUAACAACAAACAAUAUAAUUAAAAUGUAUCACUUCACGCCCGUGAUCGAAAAAAAUUUUGGUCAAGAGCAUUUCUUAAUAGAGACCCCAGAAGAGAUUCUUAAGAAAGGAAAACAGAACAAAGUGGACGUUUUGAUUGGUUACACGAGUAAGGAAAUUUUAAUAGGCCUUCCAGCUUUAGAGAACUUUUUGAUAAAGGAUUACAAUAGAUGGGAAGAAUUGUUAAUCCCUAGAGAAAUCUUGUUGCAAGUUGCGCCCAAGAAGGUAUUUGAAAUAUCGAAACUAAUUCGUACUCAUUACUUUGGUGGGAAGCCGAUUGAUCUAAAUGUUAUAAAGGAGCUGGUAAAUUAUUUAUCAGACUGCACAUUUACUUACGACGUUUAUAGAUAUACUAACAGUUUGGUAAAUCACGGAAAGUUAAAAGUAUUCCUGUAUAAAUUCUCUUGCGUGUCAGAAAGGAAUAUUUAUGGGAAUCAAGGCGCUAAGUAUGGUAUAUCAGGGGCAUCCCAUUUGGACGAUCUCAUGUACCUGUUCGACGCGAAACACGCAAACCUAAAGAUUGAUAGAGGCAGCAGAUCCUAUAAAAUGGUGAAGCAAACUUGCACACUAUUCAGUAAUUUCGCAAAAUACGGUAAUCCUACGCCGGACAACUCUCUUGGAGUGACUUGGAAGCCGUACGACGCAAAAACCAGAAGCUAUAUGGACAUCGACGAGAAAUUGACCCCAGGAAAUAACAUGGACGCAGACGUGAUCGCAUUCUGGAAGAAUGUUUUCGACUUCGCAGGAGUAGAGUUUUAGGGAUUUCAUAUACAAGGCUAAUUGAUGCGACAAGCACUAUUUACCUACCACCACCAACUGGAUCCAUUUUUUCAUAUCCGGAUAAAUGUUAUCCUCUUAACUUGCAGUAAACAACACAAAUUUUUUCAUUAACUAAUAUUAUGAUAUGGAACUUUUAUAUAUUUAAAUUUAACAGACAUUUUUUUUUUACAACACAGGAGGCAAACGAGCAUGCGGCUCACCUGAUGGUAAGUGACUACCGCCGCCCAUGGUCACCAACAACACCUACGGCAUUGCAGGUGUGCUGCCGGCCUUUUAAAAAGGAAUAUGCUCUUUUCUUGAAGGUUAUGUUGUCGUAUCGGUUCGGAAAUACUGCUUCUGGAAGUUGAUUCCAAAGAGUGGUUGUGCGUGGGAGAAAGUGCCUGACAUAUAUAUGUACAUUACUUUUACGUCUAAAAUCAUUUACCUAUACCCAGAUAUCUACCCUAAGCAAUCUAGUUUUUAAACACAAAUUGUUUAUCUAUUUCUUAGAAAAAGUAGUUCCCCUUUACACUAUUUGGGCGGCGGUAGUCACUUACCAUCAGGUGAGCCGCAUGCUCGUUUGCCCCCUGUGUUGUAAAAAAGAAAAACUAAAUUUUGCUGGUUUGGUUGGUUACUCUGUUUGGGUCAUAGAUUGUUAUUUGCUCUUCUAUUGCAGUUGUCUUAUUUAAUUGUUUUAUAUAGUAAUAUUUUAUGUAUUUAGUAUGUAUUUAUUAUAAAUACAUACUAAAUACAUAAAUUAUGUAUAUUAUGUAUAAAUUUAUUUAUUUAAUCUAUUAGAUGUAUAUUCAUAUCAAUGUAUUUAUAUACGUGAUAUUACUGCGUGAAUUUACUGGGUACAGAGGAAUAACACCUGAGUCCUCAGGAAUGGUAACGCAUGGGGGGUAUCAUGGACGAAACAGUAUAAUCUGUUAUGUCCAUGGCUGUAGCUCAUGUCUAUAGGCGACGGUUACCACUUUCCAUCAGGUGGACCGUCAGCUUGUUCGCCAUUCUAAGUUGUAUAUAUAAAAAAAAUGUUUAAAUUAUAUGAAUAUAUCAAG